AUGGCCUCGAUGAGCAAGAGAACCCAGGCGCGGAACGAGCGGGAGCUUCACGAGCUGCUCUCCGUGCCCGGCAAUUCACAAUGCGCUGAUUGUGGUGCGAAGAACCCAGCGUGGGCGAGUUGGAGUCUGGGGAUCUUCCUCUGCAUGCGAUGCGCCUCUCUGCAUCGCAAAUUGGGCACUCAUAUUUCCAAGGUCAAGUCUUUGAGCAUGGACACCUGGUCGACAGAUCAGGUGGAGAAUAUGAGGCGCAACGGCAACAACGCGGUGAACAAGAUCUACAACCCCAAGAACAAGAAGCCUGACAUGCCGCUGGACGUUGAUGAAGUCGACUCGGCCAUGGAAAGAUUCAUACGCAAGAAAUACCAGGAAAAGAGUCUGUCCGACGGCAAACCGGAACCUCCCCAGCGUGACGACGGUCUAUCUUCCAGUUAUUCCAGACCUCAGGGAGCAGACAUGGAUUCUCCUCCACCCCCUCUACCUCCCAAGAAAGGCAAAUUCUUUGGUUUUGGUCUUCGCGCCUCGUCUUCCGCCUAUACGCUGUCGAAACAUGAUAAGAAGAAGCAUCACAAGGAGCCUCGAGUUGACAGCACAUUCCGCAUCCCUACCGGAGACUACGAUUCGAGGAUGGACGAUGCACGCUAUGAGAUGACAGAUGCGGAAUUGCGUGUGAAGUUGACUACACUGCGAGACAUGGGCUUUACCAACGACGACCGCAACACGAGCUUGCUGCGUCGCUUAAAUGGGAAUGUGGAAAGGACCAUUGAGGCUCUGGUUCAACUGGGUGCGAAUGAAAAUGGCAGUACUACUUCCUCGAGAAAACAGGGCACGAUGCCUGCUGCGAGUCAGGAGCCGACCUCGAGACGUCAAGAGCCGUCAUACAACCCAUUCACUUCCAUGACCAACCAACAGACUGUUGGUCUUUCGUUGGCAAAGACUCAAGAACCCUCGACUCCAACCAGUGCUGCAACUUAUAGUAGCAAUAACCCCUAUGCUCAGCCAAAUCGCAGCCCGCCUCCGCCCGAAACAGGGCUCGAACAGUCCUUUCAAUCCCUGCAAGUUUCUCAGCCCUUGUUCCCUCACAGCACUGGGGGGUAUCCGAGCCAACCUGCUCCUAUACAGGAUCCUCGCUUCCAGUAUUCAAUGACACCUCCAGUGACCUCGACGCAAUUCCAACAAGGUCCUGUGGCAUCCCCAGCGGCGAUUCCUGUCGUCAGCAAUCCGUUCUUCCAGCCGGCCUCUGUGUCAGCUCAGUCAAUGGGGAACAACCCGUUCCUGUCCCAGGUGCCUCCGUCACCUUCAUCAAACCCCUUCUUGAAUUUGCAGUCACCCGGACAAACUGCACAAAUGCAACUUCGACAAAGCUCGCUCCCGGCGAAUCUCAAUCCCUUUGGGAUACCACCCUCGCAGUCUUCGCCCCCCCCAACACAACCACAAGACCUGUUCGGUACUGCUCCUCAAAAUCAGCCCCAGCCGAACAACCCUUUCCAACAGCAGCAGCAGCAGCAGCAGCAACAGUCUCAAGUUUCGGGUCCUUCUGCAUCUCAAAAUCAAUCUCCUUACGCCAAUUUCCAGUACAACCAAUCUCAGACACAACCUCAACCGCAGACACAAGCGCAAGCGAUGCCGGGGUCAAUGCCUCAAUUCCAGCAACAGUCAUCAUACUCCCAACCACAAUUCUCUCAGCAGCCUCAACAGUCUCUGAUGCCCCAGCAAACUGGUCGCUACGACAAGAGUUCAAUUUUGGCACUAUACAAUUAUCCGCAAGCCGCUCUUCAGCCACUGGCUUCAAUCCCAGAACCUGCGUCCGAACAGCAACAACAGCAACCCCUACAACAGCCGCCUCAACAACCAGUCUCAUAUGCUCCAUCAGGGGACAUCUUUGGCAACAGUCACAUCUCGCCAGCGAAACGUAGCGCUACUAUGCCUGUUUCACUGUCGAACAUGCAUUCCGCCGGGGGCAGUGGAAACCGAAAUCCAUUCAUGACCAAUGUCACCGACGCUAACAUGAGUAAUAUCAAUGCCAAUGGGGCUGUCAAUCCUUUUGUUGGUGGCGGGCCCAGUCCAUUUGGAUCUCCUCCGCCAGGCCCGGCCCAGGUUCAGAACCAGAACUUUGGACAGAGUUUUGCGGCGCAGCAGCCCUUUGGGCAGGGGAUGAACAUGCCCAAUGGCAUGGGUGCCGGAGUGGGAGUACAGAGGCCACAGCAGGGGAUUGCCGCACGGCAUGCCAGUGCAGAGAGCAUGAGUAUCAACAAUUUGGAAGCGGGGAGGCAUAGUCCCGAUGCAUUUGCGAGUUUGAGCGCGAGAUAUAUGAGAUGA